AAAUCUCACUCCUUUCUCUGUAGGAUUACCAUUUGGGUCCCAUUUCAGCCAGCCAUGGCGUGUUAACCAACCAAUAACUGCCGUAAAAGCCGAGUCCCCACCCGGAAAUUGGUGAUACGUGUCCAAUAAUAAGAGGGGAGCAUAGCCGAGGCCAACCGACGAGAACCACUUCAAAGCUUAGCGAAGCUUAGCUUCCAUAGUGGACCGCAUUAAGUAACAAAUUACCCUAAUGGUCUCACUGCAGGCACAAGGCAUUCCUGCUAUAAGACCCCUCCUUGACCCCUCCCCCUCUUCUUUUCUUUUUCAUUUCCCUAAAUCAGAAUCUUUUCUUUAUAUCUCUCGCUUCGUACACACUUUCUACUGCUUACCAUGGGUUGGUUCGAUCACGAUAGCGAGCAGGCUGAGUCCUACAAGCAGCUCCAGAACUACAACGGCAGCGAGGAGCACAAGGCCAAGUUUAGCCACGAGCUCAUUGCCGGUGCCGCUUCCUUCGAGGCCAUGAAAGCUUACGAGGACCAUGUUGCCAGGAACGGCCAGCCCCCUAGCCACCAGCGCGCUAAGGAGAUCCUCGCCGGUUUCGCCGGUGCCUUCAUCGACCGCGAAUUCGAGUCCAAGGGUCUCGACUUCCUCGACAGGGAGAAGGCCAAGCGCCACGCUCACCAGCAGCUCGAGGAGGCCUCAGCCCGUGACUUCUAAACGUAUACGCUCACUGGAUGAGGGUGUGAUUUAGUUUUU